AACAGCAGAGAACCAGGCCAUUUCUUCUAAGGACCCAAGAGGCAAGCUGUGGUUCUUAGCCUUACACCCCGGCCUGCGCAUCAGGAUUGGGGUCUGGGUGCGAAUCUAGGAGAAGAACGAACGCUAGAGGAAGAACCCAAAGAUCUUAAGCCAGGGGAAAGGACACAGCUUUCAGGGCCGGCUGGAUUUCGCCUCCAGAGUCCGGAGUGGGGUGUCCUCUCGGAGGGGGCUUGGCAGCCCCUGUCCCUCACCCCUGAGCAACUUCGAGGAAGGGUGUUUCACCAUGGCUGAGGCCGAGGAGCCCAAGGAGGUUGCAGAGGUUGCUCCGGGUCCCCAGGGACAACCUGAAGGAGCGGGGAUUGAGGGACUAGAAGAACCUGGGACUGCAGACCUGGAGGGGAGGGAAGCGAGCAAGGGAGCUACAGAGGCGCCCGGGGACCAGGGGGCGGGCGCAGAGGCGACUGCCUCGGGGAAGGAAGAAGGAGGCUGUGGGCAGGACGGAGCGAUCGGGGAAGCGCAGGCGCAGGACCCGCCGACUGGCCCGGGAACCGAGACUCCCGGCAGAGCGCAGGGUGAAGCCGAGGCUGCAGAGCGCGACCCAGAGGGCGCAGAGCGCGACCCGGAGGGCGCCGCGGUCCUGCAGGGAGCGGAGGAGGAGCCGGGCGCCCAGCAGGUGCUAGAGCCGAGCCCCGGGCUAGGCGCGCAGGGUGAGGUCCCCGAGGUCCCUGGGGACGAUCGCCAGGAGCCAGAGGACCCCACAACCUCAGAGGCUCGGAAAGAGGUAGCGUCUAGUCUGGAAGCGCAGGGAGGCAGUGCGCCUGGGUCGCAGAUCAAUUCAGAAUCCCAGGGACCUGCAGGGGACAGCAUGGACACAGAUGCACCCGCAGGAGAGGCACACGGGUCAGAGGGUGAGUCCCAGGGUGGAGGGGAAAGCAGCCCUCAGCCCCAGGCUGAGGCGACUGAGGUCGCAGCCGCAGAGAUCGGAGGACACGACCAGGGGGAGCUGGCGGGAACUCCAGCCGCAGAUGCCGCCGGGGAAGCGGGAGCCCUGGGGAAAGACGGGUCGGCAGAAGCAGCUAUAGAGGAGGCGAGGGUAGACAAUGGGGAGAAUGGGAAGCAGGGCGGGUUCCAGGACGAGACCGGGGAGGAGGAAGAGAGGCCAGAACCGGGGUUGGAGGGACGCUGUGAAGAGGGCAUCCAGGAGAAACCCCCCGACGGCAGCCCCGAUGAAGAGGAGGCCAAAUCCACCACCGGGCACGCAGAGUCCCAGGCGGAGCUCAGCAACCACCUCGCUGAGGAGCCCAGCGCCCAGGGCGGAGAAGAAUUAGGGCCAGUGAACGGCCGCAGGGAGAACGGCCCGGCAUCCGAGGUGGAGGACCCAGGACAGGAGCAUGACAUCACCCUCUUUGUCAAGGCUGGUUAUGACGGCGAGAGCAUCGGGAACUGCCCAUUUUCUCAGCGUCUCUUUAUGAUCCUCUGGCUAAAGGGUGUUAUAUUCAAUGUAACGACAGUGGACCUGAAAAGGAAGCCUGCAGACCUUCAGAACCUGGCUCCUGGGACGAACCCUCCUUUCAUGACUUUUGAUGGCGAAGUCAAGACGGACGUGAAUAAGAUUGAGGAGUUCUUAGAGGAGAAGCUAGUUCCCCCAAGGUACCCCAAGCUGGGAACGCAGCACCCUGAAUCCAACUCAGCAGGAAAUGAUGUUUUUGCUAAAUUCUCAGCAUUUAUUAAAAACACCAAGAAGGACGCAAAUGAGAUUUAUGAAAAGAACCUGCUACGGGCCCUGAAGAAGCUGGACAGUUACUUAAACAGCCCUCUGCCAGAUGAAAUAGAUGCCUACAGCACGGAGGAUGUCACUGUCUCCCAGAGGAAGUUUCUGGAUGGGGAUGAGCUCACGCUGGCCGACUGUAACCUCUUACCCAAGCUCCACAUCAUUAAGAUUGUGGCCAAGAAAUACAGAGAUUUUGAGUUUCCUUCUGAAAUGACUGGCAUUUGGAGGUACUUAAACAAUGCUUAUGCCCGGGAUGAGUUCACUAACACAUGUCCAGCUGACCAGGAGAUUGAACACGCAUAUUCAGAUGCAGCAAAAAGGAUGAAGUGAUGCUGGGUUGCUUCCUGUCUUUUUCUCAGACGAGUGAGCGAAGCUUCCAGGAGAGCCUUCUAUGCAUCUUCCCAGAAACAGCUUUUGCAAAAUAACUCCGACUCUCUCAAUGCCACCACAGGAUGCACAGCCUUGCAAUUUGUCUACUCAUUCCUACAUCUCAUCUAUGCUAAUUUACAUCUUAGAGAUUCAGGACUCUUGUAAUCCAUGUUUAGGGCAAUAGAAUUUUGUGCUUUAUUUCAAAGCACAUUGGCUUUGACUUCAAGUCCCUCCAUUUUAAAGAAGUUAGUCUUUCUUUGAUAGUUUUGAUAAUCACAUGUAGCUUGGUUUUUCUCUUCUUAAAUAUAAAUGAAAUGCUGCUUUAUACUUACAAUAUACUUUGGAACAGCGUUAGAGGGUAUGAAGAAGAAAGUAAAAAUCACCUAAAACUUAUUCUAUGUAACUUCUGAUAACAAAUUUGCUGAAUAUGUCUGGAAUCUUCACUCUUUCAUGUAUGCCUGUGCACACACGCGCAUUCAUGUACAUCACAUAUGAUUUCAUUCAUGUGUGAUGUGGCAUUUGUAAGAGGUGGAGGAAGGGACCUCUUGGUGUCUCAAUGUUCAUCACAGGAGACUUGUCCUCACUGAGCCACACAGGAAAUGUAGGUCCCCACUGUAGAGCCAAGAGACAGCAGGAACUAGGGGGAUGGGACCAGCGUGUUCCCUUCUACCCUAAGGACGCUGUUGCCUCUGAGUCCAGGAAAGGUGUGGAGGAGAGGGCUCCCUGUGCCUUUGGUUCUAGCUUCCUUCCUGGUUGCUUCUUUUCUCUUUCCUGCAGAGGGACCGUGCCUUCACGGGGCCUCUUCCUGUUAGUGGCAACUUGGAGAAUCUCCUUGCCUCAUGCCUAUGCCUCCUGCUCAUAGUGGUCCUUCAGUGAUGAGGAUGUGGUUGAGGCUAGCUCAUUCACAUCUACUUUCUAUCUCAUUCUGAGGCCAAGCAGGAGAACCAAAUUCCAGAAUAAAACCCAGAAAGUCUGACUCUUGAGCAGUUCUGGAAAAUGGUCCUUUAACAAGGAGUCAAGGAGUGUCUGGUCUACUGUGGCAUUCCCUCCACCAUCCCUGUGGCCACCUCAUCCCUGUGGCCCAUGGGUGGGCUGCUGGGCUCCAGUCCAGUCGUGGGUGAGAAGAUGUGAGGUUGCUUAGCUACUCUGCAAGACUUCUCAGGUGUGUGCCUUCACAGUCACACAUCCUACAGGAAACGUCUCUUGGAGACUUGGCUGGGGUGUGUAGUGGAUGCUGGAACCCUCAUGCAUAGUCUACUCAGUGGGUAAUUUGUUUGAGAUACUUUAAAACAGGAAGAUCCUAAGAUUGAGUGAAGAGUGUCUCGUAAGGACACAAGUCCAAUAUGGAGGCCAUGUCAUUUCCUUGUUUCUUGGAAGCCCUGGCUUCAACCUAGCAGUCGGUUUCUUUAUCACUUGAAGGAAGAAAGUUUUCAGGGUUGUGUCUAGCCCAUGUCACCACAGUCCACAUUAUUUCACAUCUCCUUAGGAGCCAGCUUUUUAAACCUGCUUUUACAAUGUGAUAUUCAUACUUGGUAAAUGGGUAAAUGAUAGGGUGGUAGUCCUGUUAAUUUUGUUCUUUUAGAUGUUAAGAUGAUCACCAACUGUGUGCCUUACAAAUUAAACCUUUUCAA